GUUAAUCAUAAACUUAGUAUACUAUUAAUUUAAUAUUACAUUUAAUAAAUUUAUAAAGAUAAUUGCCUAAAUGUCUCAACAAAAGGAUCAAGCUGGUUUGACUGAGACCGAGAGGGAUUUUGUCCGAAAUACAUGGGAAUUGGUGCGACAGGAUGUGCCCGGCAAUGGUAGCGAUCUAUUUCUUAGAUUGUUUGACGAGAAUCCCGAAUAUCAGGCUCUAUUCAAAGCGUUUAAAAGUGUGCCAAAGGCUGAGUUGAGAUACAACAAGCGAUUUGUGGCUCACGUGACAAACGUUAUGUACACCCUAUCGAUGAUUGUGGACAAUAUCGAUGAGACGGAAGUGUUGGUCGAGAUGUUGACCAAAAUGGCUGACAAUCAUAGGAGACAUAAGUCGACGGUUCAGAUGUUUGUGAAUCUGAAGACAAGUUUGUUUGGAUUAUUGACCGACAAAUUGGGACCAAAUGUUAUGACCGCCGACGCCGUCAACGCCUGGGAUAAGACAUAUUCAGUGAUUGUAUCGCCCUCGAGGCUACUGUUUCCCGGGGGUGAUCACAAAAUACGCCAGGUACAUUGCGGCGAUAGUACCUCGUUUGCCGUAACCACGGAGGGGCUGGUGUUCGGGUGGGGCCGUAACGAUGGCCACCAAUUGGGCCACAAUAGGCCCGACCCGGUGUUUGGCCCCCUAUUGGUUGAGGGUCUGCAUAGUAUACACACUGUAUGCCCGGCGCCGCCCAAUAACACCUAUUUUAUGACCGAAAACGGUUUGCUGUACUUCAGCGGCAAAUACGUGGCCACCGAUGGACAGGUGCUGUUUCACAGACGCCCGGCGCUCAUCGAAACG